UGUAACUCUCGGAGAGCUAGGCCUAUAAGAUCUCCUGCGGGAGGUGUACCUGCACCAGAUCCUCAGCAGCUCCCAGCCGCGGCUAUCCAGCACCAGCAAGGAGGAUGUCUGAGAAAUUUGAAAUCUUGAACCUGGACGUGAAAGCAGGGAGCACCCUGAAGAUAAAGGGCAAGGUCGCCAAUGAUGCUGAGAACUUUGUGAUUAACCUUGGCAAGAGCUCUAGUGAGCUGGGGCUGCACUUCAACCCCCGCUUCAACGAAUCCACCAUCAUCUGCAACUCCAGAUGUGCCAACUGCUGGCAGUCGGAGCACCGCGACAACCACCUGCCGUUCUCCCGGGGCUCGGAGGUCAAGUUUAUCGUCAGCUUCCUGGGAGACAAGUUCAAGGUGAAGCUGCCGGACGGGCAUGAGGUGGAAUUCCCCAACCGGCACGGCUACGACAAGAUCAGCUACCUGAGUGUGCAGGGUGGGUUCAAAGUCCUCUCCUUCAAACAAGAAUGAUGGGCUCCACUUCCCUGCUCUAAUAAAGACCCCUGGUGAGGGGCCAUUUUGUCCCAAC